AUGUCGACUGCCACAAACACAACGGCUCCCGCCGUAGGAGACAAGAGACCUCCCGUCAUUCUGUGCAUCGGAAUGGCUGGCUCUGGAAAGACAACCUUCAUGCAGCGUUUGAAUGCCCAUUUGCACGCCAAGAAGCAGCCACCUUACAUCCUCAACCUGGACCCUGCUGUCGCUUCUCUCCCCUUCACUGCCAACAUUGAUAUCCGCGACACUGUCAACUACAAGGAGGUCAUGAAGCAGUACAACCUUGGACCUAACGGAGGAAUCUUGACGGCACUUAACCUAUUUACCACAAAGUUUGACCAGGUUCUUGGAUUCGUCGAUAAGAGAGCGCCUUCUUUGGACUACAUUUUGGUGGAUACGCCUGGACAGAUCGAGAUUUUCACCUGGUCGGCUUCAGGAUCGAUCAUCACAGACACAUUGGCAGCGACGUACCCGACCAUGAUCGCCUACAUCAUCGACACCCCGCGCACAGCAGCACCAGCAACAUUCAUGAGCAACAUGCUGUACGCCUGCAGUAUUCUCUAUAAGACCAAGGUGCCCUUUAUCCUGGUCUUCAACAAGACCGAUGUCAAGCCCCACGAUUUCGCGGUCGAGUGGAUGACAGACUUUGAGUCGUUCCAGGAGGCGUUACAGAAGGACAAGACGUACAUGAGCAGUCUGAUGAACUCGAUGUCGCUGGUCCUGGACGAGUUUUAUGCACACUUGAAGGUGGUCGGUGUCAGUGCUGUGACGGGCGCCGGAAUGGACGAUUUCUUGAAGGCUGUGGAUGAGGCUGUUGUGGAGUAUGAUCAAGAAUACAAGCCUGAACUGGAGAGGGUACUGGAAGAGAGACGGUUGAAGAAGGAGGCGGAGAAGGAGGAGCAGAUGGCUCGUUUGAUGAAGGAUAUGGCUAUGGACGAGAAGGGUACAGAGGUCAGCUUUGGUGGUAGGGGUCAUACGUCUACGAAGGGCAAGAAGCCAUUGCGUGGUAUGGCUGUUGAUGAGGAUGACGAGGAGGAGGAGGAAGAUGAUGAUGAUGAUGAUGAUGGUCGGGAACCCAGAUACAGGGACGACGACGACUCGGAAAAUGAUGAUUAUGAGGGCUUCCGGAUUGAGGAGGAGGAACGUCGCAACCGUAUGGAAGACGAGUCCUUGAAGCGUUUUCUUGCCAAUAAGCGUGCUGAAUAA